AUGGAUGUGGAGAAAGCUUACGACAACGUUCCACGUGACAUCCUGUUCACACGCCUGGAGAUACUGGGAAUGCCGAAAGAGCUGUUGGCGACAGUCAGACGCCUAUAUGCCGGCAAUAGCGUCAUUGCAUACUUCGCCAAUGUAGAGAGUCGGCCGUCAGGCCUGAGGUUCCGUCUGAAGUAUAGCACAAGUGGAAUCGACGAAAAUAGACGGCUGCCUGGCUUGACGUUUGCGGAUGAUGUGGUCCUAAUAGUGGAGACCAAAGUGGACCUGCAGGCUCUUCUGGACACCUGUGCCGCAGAGAUGACUGAGCUGGGACUACGCUUCAACGCCAAGAAAACCAAGGUUGUACCAUUCGCGGGCAACAGGGCUGAGGCGGCAGACCUCAAGCUAGGAGGUGAGAGCAUCGCCACUGACACUGCCUAG